AUGAAGAGGGAAGCAUCUUCCCUGAAAAAAGAGAUCAAAUCUCUUGAAUCAAGGAUGAAAAAACUGGAGGAUCAGGCCGAGGCGGCUACUAAGGCCCAGCAGAUGGCCGAAGAGAAAGCGGAGUCUGCUGAGGCUAUUCGAAAAGUAGCUGAAGCUGAGAAGAAUGAGGCUGAAGUAAAAAAGGCCCAGGCUGAGAAGGAGCUCCAGCAGGCUUUGGCCACCAAGGAGGUCGAAGUCAAAAAGGCUGAUGAAAAGGUUGAAGACGAGUCAAAGCUUGAGGCUGAUGCCAAGGAUGAGGAUGAAGAGAAGAAUGAUGAUGAGGCCUUGGUGAGAAAACCCAAGGAUGCUGCUGAAACUAAGUCCCCUCCUCCUGCUGAGCAAGUGAUGGAUUUAACCUUGGAUGAGGAGGGUGAUGAGGUUGGGGAGGCACCCAAGGAAAUUGCCAUCGGGCAACUAUCAUCCGACCUUCUUUUGGCUGAAAGAAAUCUGGACAAUACGCUGGCUGAGAUUGAUGCUGAGAUAGAAGCAGAAAAGGUUGCCGAGAAGGUUCCACCAGAAUCAUCCGAGGUCCCAGUCCCUGCAGCUGCUAAUACUGAAGAGUCUUGA